GGAGAGCGCGCAGGAGCUGUGGGCGUACUACGAGGGCCUGCCGCUGACCGCGCGGCCCGACGUCUUCAUCGGCUUCUGGUGCGCGCUGGAGCUGCUGCGCGCCAGCGGGACGUUCUCUCGCAAGGAGCACCCCUUGCUCGGCAGGGUGAUCGACGCAUACACGGCGGCGCUCGGCGCGGCCUGCUUCGUGCCCCGGCGCUUCUUCUUCCACCUGCACCGACUGCUGUGGAGCUCCGAGUACCGCGCCGCCGUGCGCGAGGCUGGCGAGCCGGCCCCGCUGCUGCUUUCGCGCGAGGCGCUGGCCUACCUCGAGCGCCUUGUGGGCAGCGCCUCCCGGGGCGCCGCGCCCCCGGGCGGCCAGGGCGGCGCCAGCGCGCUGGCGCGGGCGGUGCCCGCGCUCGUGGCCGCCUCGCUGGGCGCCGGAGGGGCGGCCGUGCUGGCGUGGGGCGUGGAGGGCACGCGGCAGCGGCUGCGGCGAGCCCGCGGGGCGGUGGCCGAGCGGUGGGCGCGGGCGCGGCCCGGAGGCGCCCGGGACCUGCCGCUGGCGCCGCUGCAGGGCUCCCCGGGCCGGCCCCCCGCGUGACGCCGCCGUGCGGCCGGGCAUCGGUGGCCGUCAGCCGGGCCCGUCCUUCUACAGGAGGUGUUUUUUCCCACGGGGGGGCGGGGCUCGGGUCGGGUUGGUGGCCGGCCCUCUGCCGGUGCCGCGCCGCACGCACAGCGCGACCGCGCCCGCCGGGCAGGGGCGACAGAUACAUAGCGCGCGCAGGCCUCCCCGCCGGCCGCCGGCCGCCCCCGCUCGCCCCCGCGGAGGGCGGGGCCGGCUCCCUGCCACCGGGAGAAGCCUUGGCAUCGCUCGGACGUGUGCGUUUUUUUUUUUUUCUCACUGGUCUUCGAACUUCCACUCUUGUCCAGCUCCCCUGUAGAUUACUGGGGGGUGGCAGCGACGCCGUGAGAGGGGAGCCUCGAG